GGCUGUAGAAAGGCGACGUCUGCGCUGAGCUCACAUUAGAGGCGGUGGUCGGGUGAUCAGCGUGAGGAGUGUGUAGGAAUGGCCUGUGGAGUUCAUCUGGGGAUUUUGCUCGUUUGUUUGGUUCAGGCAGAGCGUGCACGCUGCUCCUGGUCUCAGCAAGCUCCGGCCUCCCAGAGACGCGGCGGCGGCGGGUACGCUGGCUCCGGCCCCCUCCAGGGUGAACUCAGACAGGCGCCUGUUUCCGCAGCCUCGGCCCACGGCGGUGGUUUGAGUGAGUGGACGCACGCGUCUGCUGACGGGCGGCAAACAAGCUGGCGGAGAGUGAAGGUUCAGAAACUGCCUCCAGCACAUCUGGACUGGUUUACUCCUAUUUCUAGCGGAAGCUCCAUCAACCAUUUUACUAGUAAAAAGACUAGUCACGAUCAGUCCAACCAGUAUCUGUUUAGCAAUGGUGUGUCUCCCAGUAAGACGUCAGACUCCCAGUCUCCAGCGCAGAGGCCUCAGGGUUCGGCUGCAGGGUCUCCGGGACCCGUGGGAGCAGAUGCGUCCUCUGAGGGUCAGACUUUGGCCUGUGGCCUUGGAAAAAGAGUGACUUCACGUCGUCGCCACGGGUCGUCUAAAGCCCCUCGUUUCCCCCCGCCUCCUAAUGAAAGGCCUCCGCAGAUCCCCGUCCGGCGAAACCCUCCCCAGAGCUCCACGCCUGCCUCCAACGCGGCCGUGAGCUGCGCGAGCUACGCUCCAGACUGGCCCCGCGGGCAAAGCGCCGCCAGGAGCCCGAGCAAGCGCGGCCGGUUCGGCUCGGCCUCUGGUGCGGGCUCUGGCCGGGCAAGCAGAACGUUCAGCAUCCCCCAGCGCCUGGGCGGACACGCCAUCAGGCGGCCGCCGGCGUGGAGCGAGCAGGAAGGCAGGAUCCUGAAGCCACAGCAGCCUGCGUCAUACAAGCCUCGGGGUCAGAAGGUCAGGUGGUACAAGGUCAAGCUGCGUCGCUGACCCACAGGUGCAGGAGUAAAAGAAUUGUUUUGAAAUAAAAGUUAAUUUAUGUAUUCCA